AUGAAAGUUUACAAAACUUUUUUCUUUUUAACUAUUGUAUUUUCAAUUGCUGUGUGUACAAACAAACAGGAAGGAGAACCAUCCUCUUCCAAAAAUGACGGAAAGGAACAAGUUGAAAAAAGAGGAAAGACUCCGAAAGAUAAAAGACCACGUUUUGAUGAACUUUUCAAACUUAUUUCUGAAAGUUUUGAAUUAGUAGAGAAAGAAGUUAAAUACGAUAAAAGGUUUUCUGACGAUGAAAAUGAGAAAGUUGAGCAUUUCAUUAAAAUAAACAAAGAUUCCGAAGACAGUUUUGAAGAGAAAUUUAUUAUUCUUUUAUUUGAGGAAAUUUUUAAAGCCAGAAAUAUUUAUAAGGAGGAAAUUAUUAGACAAAAACAUUUGCACUCCGAUAUAACAAAGGAAAGAAAAACUUUAAAAAUCAGUGAAGGCUUGGACAGUAGUGAAGGUAAUUUACAGAUUAAAUUAGCUAGACUUAUUCUCCAGGUUAGACGGUUUAUCCUUUUUAAGUCCUAG